UUUUUAAAAUUAUUAUUAUUAAAGAAGAAGGGAAGGCUUUGGUCGCUUUUAAUUCAUGUUUGGGAUUCAGGAAAGCAUUCAGAGGAGUGGGAGCAGCAUGAAGGAAGAGCCCCUCGGCGCGGGGAUGAACGCGGUCAGGACCUGGAUGCAGGGAGCCGGCGUCCUGGAUGCCAACACGGCCGCUCAGAGCGGGGUGGGCCUGGCCCGGGCGCAUUUCGAGAAGCAGCCGCCUUCCAAUCUGAGGAAAUCUAACUUCUUCCACUUCGUGCUGGCUCUGUAUGAUCGGCAGGGGCAGCCCGUGGAGAUAGAACGCACCGCCUUCGUGGGCUUCGUGGAGAAGGAGAAAGAAGCCAACAGUGAAAAGACCAACAACGGGAUCCAUUACCGGCUGCAGCUUCUCUACAGCAAUGGAAUAAGAACAGAACAGGAUUUUUACGUCCGCUUAAUCGACUCCAUGACAAAACAAGCGAUAGUAUAUGAAGGACAAGACAAGAACCCCGAAAUGUGCAGAGUUCUGCUCACCCAUGAAAUAAUGUGCAGCCGCUGUUGUGACAAGAAAAGCUGUGGCAACAGAAAUGAGACUCCUUCAGAUCCAGUGAUAAUUGACAGAUUCUUCUUGAAAUUCUUUCUUAAAUGUAACCAGAACUGCCUAAAAAAUGCAGGAAACCCUCGAGACAUGCGGAGGUUUCAGGUUGUGGUAUCUACAACAGUCAACGUGGAUGGUCAUGUCUUGGCAGUAUCAGAUAACAUGUUUGUACACAACAACUCCAAACACGGGCGGAGGGCUCGAAGGCUUGAUCCUUCGGAAGGUACGCCUUCUUAUCUGGAACAUGCAGCUACACCAUGUAUCAAAGCCAUCAGUCCAAGUGAAGGAUGGACUACAGGAGGUGCCACUGUCAUCAUCAUAGGAGACAAUUUCUUUGAUGGGUUACAGGUCAUAUUCGGCACCAUGCUGGUCUGGAGUGAGCUUAUUACGCCUCAUGCAAUCAGAGUUCAGACACCACCCCGACACAUCCCUGGUGUAGUAGAGGUCACAUUGUCCUAUAAGUCCAAGCAGUUCUGUAAAGGUACCCCUGGAAGAUUCAUCUACACAGCUCUGAAUGAACCAACCAUUGACUAUGGUUUCCAAAGGUUACAGAAGGUCAUCCCAAGGCAUCCUGGUGACCCUGAACGUUUGCCAAAGGAAGUAAUACUCAAGAGGGCAGCUGAUCUGGUAGAAGCACUCUAUGGUAUGCCACAUAACAACCAGGAAAUAAUCCUGAAAAGAGCAGCUGAUAUAGCAGAAGCACUCUACAGCGUCCCUCGCAAUCAUAACCAGCUCCCAGCACUUGCCAACACAUCAGUCCAUGCAGGAAUGAUGGGUGUGAAUUCCUUUAGUGGUCAGCUAGCAGUCAAUGUUUCAGAAGCCUCACAGGCAACCAAUCAGGGUUUUACUCGCAACUCAAGCAGUGUGUCGCCUCAUGGUUAUGUGCCAAGCACUACCCCACAGCAGACAAACUAUAAUUCCGUCACGACAAGCAUGAACGGCUAUGGAAAUGCUGGAAUGUCUAAUUUAGGUGGUUCUCCAACAUUCUUGAAUGGAUCUGCAGCCAAUUCUCCCUAUGCCAUUGUGCCAUCUAGCCCAACAAUGGCCUCCUCCACUAGCCUCCCUUCUAACUGUAGCAGCUCCUCUGGAAUCUUCUCCUUCUCACCAGCCAACAUGGUCUCAGCGGUGAAGCAGAAGAGUGCUUUUGCCCCUGUUGUUAGACCGCAGACUUCUCCUCCCCCUACCUGUACCAGCACCAAUGGGAAUAGUCUGCAAGACCAGUCUUUUGUGGACUCUAGCAAGUACUCCACUGCAGGGUCUCUCCAGGGUCUGGCCUUCUCCUGAACUAUAUCUGGCAUGAUCGUCCCCCCCAUGUGAAAGAAUUGCCUUGAAGAAUUCUACUAAUGAAGAAGGUUGGAUUCUGCUUCUGAACAAAAUCAGACACAAGUCCCAGAGUGGAACUUUUAACUCAGGCCUUUUUCUUUUCUUUCUUUUUUUUUAAAGAGGAAGUUCACAAUAUUUGCAAAGUUUUUAAAUAAAUACAGUUUAAAGCCUCACCACCAUCCUUGCAAUAUAAUACUGAAAUUCAUGAAGAAUCUGGAGGUGCAAGGUGUUCAUUCAAGCUGUCCAGCCCAAGUACUUGGGAGAAAGAAUUAUUUUGUGUCAUGAAGAAAAUCCAUCCAUGUUUCUCUCUCUUUUUUUUCUUUUUGUUUUUCCAGCCUUGAUUUAACUCUGCUGCCAUUUGUCUGUUACAAAUCAUACUGAGAGAAGGGGGCACUAUCACAGAUGGCCCUUUUAUUUAAUUAAAAAAUAUUUUUUAAAGCUGUGUGCAGAGAAGGCAAGUGGUAACACUUAAAAUGAGCUUGUACGGAACAGAAGUAGAAGUGCCAGAUAAGGGUGGUUGUUUUCUUUCCUUAGAAGAGUAAAGGGCCAUGCCAGUUAAGGGUUGGCUCAUGCGUGUUACUCAUCCAGAGAAAGUUUGCUCAUCUGACGUUUUGCAUUCUUGGUAUGUUUGUGUGGAGGUAUAUAUAUAUUCACACACACACACACAUACACACACACCAUUAAUUAGAAUUCCAAGUCUAUUUUAGAGGCAGUAAGACUUUUUUGACCCUCUGUUUUUUAGAAUAUCGUACUUAGGUGAUUGUGUAAAUAAUGCAAGACAGAAAAUUAGCAAAAGUGUAGCUAACGACAUGCAUAUCCCAACUUUACCUUGAAAACCCAGUGCCUCUGGAUAUAAUGCUGAAACUGCAGAAUUAGAUUAGCAUGGCUCUCUAUCUUUAGCUUAUAUCAAAACCUUUCCAAAUGAGUGGCCUCCCUUACUCUCUUAAAUGCAGUUUAACCCCAGUCUAUGCAUACAAAUCUCUUUGGGAUUUGAUGCAACAGAACAAAGGCACAAAUGUGAGCCACUUUUAUACAUUUUUCUUUGCAUUUUCUCAGCCAGAAUAUAAUCCCUAGCUUGUUUCUAGGGUUUUUUUUUCCCUUUGGGGGUCAAAAGGCAGAGACAGGAUUCAUCCUGCCAGUCCACAGACGGCCCAGAAGCACACAAACACAUUGGUCGGUUUCAAGCUUCGAUCGCUUUUGUAUUCAUGAACCCUUUCAGUUGGAAACAUAAUCUCUUAAAUAAAAGGUAAUGGCUUCUUCAACAACAAAUAUGAAAGAGAGUUGAAGAAGAGAGAAAAGUAUAGGAAGGUUACAGGUCCCAUCCUCACUUACAGGAAUUUUGCUCCAUUUUUUGGGAAACUAUUUGUGACAUAUUUAGUCAAAGGUGCAGCAAACUUCAGAGGAUGCAUUACCCAAUCUUUUGUCUUUGCCAUUGCGUUUUGUACGUAGUUAUAAAUAAUGUAGAUUUUGGGUGAUUUUUUUUGGCCAAAGUUAUUGUUAUAUUUAUACAUUAUAAUGUCUUAAGACAGUUUUUCAAUCACACACAUACACACAAAAGAAUUACUGCAUAUUUUGCAAAAUGAGCUCACUACCUUUAAGAUUGCACAUGCUUGCAAAUUGAAUUAAAGAAAAAAAAGCUUUUUUUAAAAAAUGAAGGAUUUUGUAAAAUAUCCAUAUAAAUAAUGUAUUUAUCUUUGGAAUUUGUACAUUGCUUUUCCCCCUGCAGCACCCUCUGUUUAUUUUAUUGUGUAUGUUUGCUAUGUGAAAAGUGCUAAUUCGUUUGGUCACUCACAGGUGUAUUAGCUGUUUAAAUGUGAUUUUAAUACAAUUCAUUUAUAGGGUUUUUUAGUAAUUGUUUUCAACCAUGCUUCCAUUUUUGUUUAAUUUCCACUCAAAAGCCAUCGUCUAUUUUUGUAUUAUUUGUAAGUUAAAAAGUUUUUUUCCCAAUAUAUGGCAAAAAGUAGCAUAUUAUUCUUGUAGCAUUUAGUUAAGUAGAUUUUUUAAAAGUAUCCUUUGCUUUUGAGGCUUAUAAAAAAAUCUAAUGCUGUUUUACUCUAUUAAUAUGCAUGGGAUCUCUCCCCUUUGGAGUGACGCAUUUUUGUGCAUUAAAUAUGGGGAGAAACUUCAUAGAAAUCAAUGAAAAUACUUUCUUUCUUGUCUGCUUGUAUAUUUCUCUGUCUUUCACAUAAAUAUAAACCAGCAGAUUGGAUGCCUUAACAAUGCAAAUCAUAUUCAUUUCACUUGUACAUUGUACUGCGCACCAGAACUGUCAAUCAUCACUAACAUUCUAAGGAAAAAAAUGGAAUUUGAAAAGCACAAACGAACUGUUUUGUUACCUUAAGACAAUGUGACUUUUUCUAGACAAGCAACAAUGCUGCAACUGUGCAUGCUUUCUGUAUGAAUUUUGCAAUGAAUUUCACUCAGAUGUCACUGUGUGAUCUUUUGGGAAAGGGAAUGGGGUGGGGGAGGACAAAGAAGAGAAAAAUUCCAAAAGGUUAUUGCCCAUGGAAUGGUUAAGAACAUAUUUACACAUAAAGAAACUGGAAAAUAUAAGGAAUAUCAAUGUAUUGCUACUCAAUAGUCCAUACAUUUAUUCUAAUUCACAUAGUGAGCAACAGCACUGCAAUGUAAUCAAAUUUAAAGCCAUAUUUUGUCCAGUCAUGCCCUUCACUGAAUCCCAUUCAGACUGAUGCAUCUGUUUAGAUGCCCAUGCAAAGUCAUGUCCAUAUGUAUCCCUUUCUUUGAACAUCCAAAGAUCCUUUGACAAAAUGUAGAAUUUGUUUCUAUCUCCAGCUAUUUAUAGUGUGCUGAUAAAAGGGAAUCUAUAUUUAAAAAGCCCCCUCAGCCCCACAACUUUUGUGUGAUUAUUACAGAUGCCGCUCUUUACAGAAUAUGGCUUUAAGUGGAAAUGAUCAUGUUUUAAUCUUUACCAAGUGAAGCCCCACAUUGGCUGGAUUGUGUGAAGGAUGCCUAUUUCCUCUUCAUUGUAUCUGACUGCAUCUAAAAAGAAAAUCAUCUCUGAUUCUACUAAUUUCUCACCUCCUUAACUAAACCUUUUGGAAUAGAUACACACACACUGUACAGUCCUAUUGUUAGAGAGAACUAACUACUGUAGAGAUUGUUAUAAUUUUUUUGCAGAAACUCAAGCUGUAAAAACUUUUCAACUUUCACAAUAUUUAAUUAAAGUUACUUCCUGUCUGUGA